AUGGGCACUAGCUUUGGGUGCAGUGAUUUCUGGUAUCGUUUGGAUGGACAAGCGUUAGUUAUGAUUGGUCGAUGGUAUUCAGUAGCAUUAAGGCAACCAUUAACCAAUCUUAUUAUUCAUUCAAAAUAUUCCUCCGUUUCUGAUUGGCUAAAAGCACACGCAUAAUUCACCAUAACCAGCUACUGUUGACCAACUUUGCGAUUAAACAACCGAUGACGUCAAAAGUUGCAGAUUAAUGCACCGUUAACCGAGAAGACCUGCGGACGAGUUCGAGUUGUUUUGGUUGUGAAAAGAAAAAUGGCUUAACUGUCGGCGUAACAUUUAACUCGUUUCAUGACUAACUAUAUAGUCUAAAAACAUAGCAAGAAGACAACUCGACGGACAACAUAUAUUUGCAGACCUGAACAGCCCUUUAUCUUCUAAACAUGCACUAUCGAGGUGAACUUAGCAUCGACGAAGGUAACCAUGUCUUAGCUUGUUUUUAAACUAGGAAUUAUUUUAAAUGAGUAAUAAAGCAAUUCAGCCUCGGCGGAUAACACCCUCCUUGAUCUUCAUAAUUCUUCAUAUCCUACGAAAACUGAAUUCAUUAAUUGCUAAAUAAGUAACGCCUGUCCUCCCAAACAAUUCCAGAAAUCGUUAUGCCGAGAGCUUGUACCUAAUUGCCCCUACAGUUUCUGUGGUGGGAAACUGGGACAGACAAUUGAAAGUUUACUGCUCGCGUAACCUUGUCCUUUCACUUACCUUUAAAGUUUAAUUUUUUUUGUUUCUUUUUUUUACAGAAGUAUGAAGCAAAAGAUAUUCCAUUUCCCCUUUACAUUACUUUUCGUCUUAGUAACCAUCCACAGCGCCUUGUCAGCAACGGCAAAGUUCAAAGAGGUGUGCCAGCCUGUACGUUCAGAAGUAUCUGUAAAAGUUGUGGGUUGCCUCGAGAGGAAGGUCCGUUUACCUCAGUGCACGGGAACUUGCCAUUCCGAGGAAUCUCGCUAUGGAAAGAUCUGUUGGUGUUGUAGGCCUGUACAACGAUCACCAGUUGCAGUUGAAAUAUACUGUAAGAGGACUGAUGGAAGCGUUUACAUACACAAAUACAAGGUUCAAGAGCACAAACAGUGCUCUUGUUCAAGAUGUUUAGACCACUAGCUUGAAACACUUUCUAGAAUCACUAUAAAUUGGCGUUUUUUCUCAAAAACACCGAAUCAGUAAAAUUGAAACAAAUCUACUAUAAGGCUGUUUUGAGCUUUAUUUUCUUAGAACAGUUUUGAAGUUAUGAUCCUUGAGUUUCCGUAUGUUUGUCGAUUUCAGUGGAUGUUUUAGUUCAUCAUUUCGCCAUCUGGGAAUCUCAAGGCAUUUCCUUGCAAAUUUUCAGAAGCCAUAAGAUAUCACAACAAAAUUACUAAUUUGUAAAUUUUGCAUUUGCGUUCAAUCCUGGACCUAAGUGUUUGAAAUAAAUCUAAUAAAUUUGAAGAGCAUAACAGUCUUUCCAUUUACAAUAAUCAAACGUCGCGGUUGAGGGGAAUGAGCUUUUUCAGAGCGUUAACAUGCAACAAGGGAGACUCCGCUGACCAGUAGUGGAGGAACACCCAAAGAGUACUUUUGUUUGACAAUUUAACAGCACAAAUCGUCCAGCACAUCGCAAUUAACUCUUGCUGACGCAGCAAAUGAAAUUAUCAAUAAAUCUAAAUUCACCCGGUCGACGAGCUAGGAUGUAAGGUUCUUUAUGUGAAUUGUUUCAAAUAAAAGUGUCCGUGAUCUCCAUCGAAGCACCAUCCAGAUCAAAGUUUGUAAACUUGGUCAUCUGUUGUCGAUAUGUCUUUCAGCAACAAAAUGCAAAAAUAUGUCGAUCCUCGUAAGAUGUAAGAAGUAUAACCAAGUGAAAUAUGAGUGAGAACUUCGAUUCUGAGAAAAGGAAAAGGAAAACUGUGAAUUUCAAAAAUUGGCAAUGAGGAAGCGAUUUUCAUCACAUUUCCAAACAGUACCCGUUGUGUAAUUUACACUCAGUGAGCAAUUACAUCACAGAUCUGGCGCGUAAAUAAAAUAUUACCGGGCAUUUCGCUACACAACACUGAGGUCACAUAACCAUAUAAGAGUUUGAAGUUUGUUUGGAAAAAAUAAGCUAAAUUUUGAGGAUUUUCUUCGUUUUUGGACGCAGUAUUAUAUUCUGCGGAUAUCGUGGCAUAAAGGUAAGCGAAAGAGCGAUUCUUCCUUUAUUUCCAAUACCAUGUCAAGUUUUCCAAGAGAAGGUUUAACCUUUGAGAUAAUUAAGGGGCAAAUAACACUCAUAAGUUGACUACAAUAGGUGGUAUUUUUUCCUUCAGCAAGAAUAGCCUUUGGCUAUUUUAAAAAGCGUUAAUUUUAAAUUUUCCUUUCCUCAAUUCGAAAACGGGCAGAUUAGCUUUCCUCCUGUGAAAUCCUGAUUUUUCUUGUGGCGGGAUUGUAAAAUGAGUGACCGGAACAAAAUCUUUAAAUGAUUCAUAUUUUAGCAGGUCCAUCUAAGCAAAGCCAUGAGCUGUGCUUUAACUGAGAAGUGCAGCCCAUGAGAGUUUUUUUAAAAACAUUUUCAUAUUUCUUUUCUAGGAAGGGAAUUUCGGUGUAUUUUCUCUUGACUUGUUAGAAUUGGUUAACUUAUCUAGUUCAUGAUUGUACGAGAAAAAAGAAACACUCUUAUGGCAUUCGUAUAAUCUAAUUUUAAUCUUAAGGUUAUGGGUGGUUACUUCUCUUGUAUUUUGAAGAAGCCAUCGGGAUAACUUGUUUGUUGGAAUAAUCAUCAAUUUUUUCCCUAGAAAUAUGACUUCUAAUCUUAAAACUCAAGUAUACUUAGAUUAGGUUGGCGGAUGCUAAAUUCGAGACUUUUCAUCGUCAUGUUUUGAAUUGCGAAAUUAUGUUUUGGCAGACUCUUGAACUUUUAACAUUUGUGCUCGAGAAUCUGAGAGUUUUUCUCGAACUGUAAAAAUAAGAAGAGCCUAUUGACACCUUAAUAUCGAGGAAAGUCACAGUGCCGAUCAAAUUCAGAAAAGGAUACUUGGUCAUUUAAUAUGGAGUACAGGUGACACUGUGGAAACGACAGCUAUUAAGCAAUCAACCAUUAAAUAGAGACUUAACAACUUUCUUGAGAAAAAGUGGGAAAGAGACAGCGAGGCCCUCAAUCUCGACAGACUGAGUAAAAUUUUGAGACUCUUAUUUCUCGAAAAGUACCGCCACCUCCAAAACUCGACAUUUUCCCUCAUCAGCGUUUUUUAAGAACCAACCAAUCAUGUACCUUCCCGACUGGGAGAUUUGUGGCUGUCAAAGGGAAACUUUACGAUCGUAGACGAGUAAACAUGCUAAAGAUAAACACUACAGCUAUUGAGAGAAUUGUAAACCAAAGACAAGAUAUCGAGACAAUAAUAGUAUCAGGACAUACGGGUACAGAAAAGAGAGGGAGGUCAUGAAGACCAUUACUGGAAAUUUUAUGUUGCGAUUUAUUCUUUCCACCCCAAGUACCUGACUCCAAAAUUCGUUCUCAAAAUGUGGAGGACGAAAUAAACCGCGUCCACGUUUUUUCGAACCUCCUGACGGAUAAAGGAAAGUGGUUCACUAAAUAGAGUACUUAAGUGUGACGUCAUAAAAAUGAAAUUUCUGAAAUUAUGGGAUUUGUCAGGAUAUUCUGAAAGAACAGUGUCUAAGGGCCUCUUCAUAUGAGCCCGGUUGACCGGGCUGGCUCGGUUACCGGGAUAAAUUUUGCCUUGGAUUCAGAUGAGAAAUUUCAGCCCGGUUUCCGAGAUGAGAAAAGGUCAAAGAUCCUGGGUACGAGUUCUGGCGCCAAAUUUGGGAAACAAAGCAAACAUAGCAAAACACAAAAAUUUUAACUUGCGGGCCUAUCUUAGCAUCGGUAACUCUUAAAGCUGUAUCACUGCAGUUAAAUGGCAUGCUUAUGAUGUGGAAAAUACAGCAGCCAAUGCAAGACGAUGCCAUCCGGACAGCCAGAAUUCAUUCAUCCGUUCAUCCCGGUAACCGGGAUGAAGUGUUCAUAUGGCAAAAUUUCCAGCCCGCUUACCGAGAUCUCGGCAACCGAGCCAGCCCGCCCUCCCACAUGAACACAUAAAAAAUUUUACAAAGGAUUUAGAGGUGAGGCGAGAUCUCGGAAACCGGGCCAGCCCGGUCAACCGGGCUCAUAUGAAGAGGCCCUAAGAGGCCUACUUGCCAAAAAUCAGCAUUUCGGGGCAAAUCGUCUCUGAGAUCGUAACCCAGUUAUGCUUAGAAAACUCCAUACAAACCCUUCUAAAUUUUCUUGGGUCGACCCAAAAACAAAUUAGAAGGGUUUGUAUGGAGUUUUCUGAGUAUAACCGGCUAACAUCUCAGAGACAAUUUGCCCCGAAAUGCUCAUUUUUGGUAAGUAGGCCUCUUCGACAUUGUUCUUUCAGAAUAUCCUGACAAAUCCUACAAUUUCAGAAAUUUCAUUUUAUGACGUCAUCAGUUUAGUACUCUAUUAUCGAGAGAUUAAAAAACUUUAGACUAAACUACUGUUUGAAUGGGGAAAGGGGAGCGAGAUUUGGUCCGAAUUAUUAGGGUGGUUAAAGGAAAUCCAAACUGUACAUUCAAGUGACUUUGAGAGGGAAAGUAAAGGAACAGCAUGUAACAUAUACUGAGGCUACAAAAUACAUUGUGGACCCUCACCCCCACCCCAUCCCUUCUAAAAACACAAAAGGGCAACAUGGAUGAUCUGUCAAACUGAGUUUCAGUCAAAGGCCACGGUCACGCUGCAAUCAGACAAGAAGGGCCGGGUUGUAUAAAGUAGGAUAUUAGGGACCUUAAGCAAGCACGACGACGACGGCAGUGAAAACGUCGGUAAAAAAAAAAAUGAAUUUACGUUCUUUCAAACUUAAUCGCAUCUAUUUGGACCCCCUCAAUAUUGUAAAUGCAGGAGAUUUUUCCUGGAGUUGAAUUCUUAAGGAUUUUUCUCAGGUUCAAAAAGAGGAAGGAGAAUUCGUCGUCGUAUGUCCACGUCCUCCAUAAAACGUCAAAUUAGAAGGUUUCACGUCGUAGUCGCGCAGUGGACGUCAAAGAAAUGUACUAAAAAGCCUGAUGCACGUGCAGAGCUGUUGUUUUGAUCAUUAAAGCUAUUGUUUUUUGAAGUCGUCGUUGUGGUCGUCGUCGUCGUAGUUGCUUAAGCUUCCUAUUUUCAUAAUCAGGGUGUGCGAGAGAUUUGAAUUCAACUGUGAACGCUUACAAAGUAUAUUUCUGUAAAUUCUCUUUGCCUACAAUUUGACAAUUCGACACUCUUAACUGACCAGCGAAAAUUAACAGGAAAAGUAGUCUUUAGCAAAAGAAAAAGGUACCUGGAGUAAAAUUUAAACCCGGAUGCGUUAGUGAUAGUCGGCGCGGGAUGUAAUCAACCGGACCCAGAACUACAGAAAGACGUUAACUAUAAAACAUUCUCCUUUGCCACUUUAAAUCGAGAUGGGAUCUGGGCCGAGUUAAGGUUCGCAAAGAGUUCUGGAAAUGUUGCUAAUUGACCAAUAGCUGACAGGCGUGUCCUAGUAACGAUCUCAGAAACAAUUAGAGGACGCAUUUCGGCUCCAGUUCCCUUCUCUUUUCUUAAGUGGCGAAUUUUAGUAAAAAAAAUUUCUAUUUCCUUUCCAGGGAUGCGUUCGAGUCUCCCACUACUGCUAAGCGUGUUUGUUGCGGCCCUGUAUUAUCACGCAGGUGCCAAUCGAUUUAACACUGCCAGAUAUCAGUUAGGGAAGGCAUUGCUUAGAAGGGCGAGAGAAAUCAAUGAUACUCAGAGCAAUGGCGAUGAAGCGCUAGAGCCUGCUUCAAAUGACAUGUCAGAGGAAGAAAGAGAAAGAGUUCAACAAAUUGACGCCACCGAAGACAUUUUCGUUGGCUCUGGAAGUCACGUGUACGAGAGCCAAGGCAAAUCGGAAAAUUCCGAUUCGAGAGGCGAGGAAACUUCCGGCAACGAUGAGGCGGAAGCGGAACAAACUGAUAGCAGUCCCACUUCCGGUGACGGUAAUGAAGGUGAAGAGGAUGAUGACGAAGAGGAAAAAAGCGACGACGAUGAAGAUGACGUUACAGAGAAGAAAAGUGAGAAGGAAAGUGUAGAGGAUGAAGAUUCAAGUGGCUCGGGACUGAUUGAAAACGAAAACGCCGCUAGACGAUCCAUGGAUGAAUCUAGUUCAGGAUCAGGGAUUGAGCAGCAAGACGAUGAUAAUGACCAAUCAGAAUCUGAGGAGAGUACCAUUCAAGAAACUGAGCCCUCAAGUGGUUCACAGGAAGAGGCUAGCGGCGCUCAACAAGAAAUGAACGACGUUGUUGCGUCAAAAAAGUCCGAAAUCGAAGAUGCAUCUUCGGCUGACAACGAAGAAGAGUCAGAGGAAAGCGGAAGUGCAGAAGUGAUAAGAAAGGGAAUCGAAAGCUUGAGCAGACUUCUAACCCCAGUGGCCAGCGGUUAUGACUUUGAGCUGUACAGCGGUAACGCGCCAAAAGAUGACAAAGAAAAGGAGACUGAGGCGGAAGGAGAAAGUGAGGAGUCUAACGAUGAGCAAGAAAUCCAUGUCAAAAAGUGCAAAAGAGUUUGCAAGGACCCUAUGACCUAUGAACAGUGUGCUGUGCCUCGCUGUGGUUACAAGAUGGGAACCAUCAAAGACCUGUGUAUUUACCUUUGUAAACACCAGACUCCUGUGUGUAGUGAAGAGUGCGAGUAAUUCGAAUCUUUCAAGACAUUCAUAUUCGCAAUGUGAAUUUUCCCAGUAAAUGUUUUGCCUCGGUUUCAUUGCGAGGUUUACGAGGUAAGCCAUACUGCUGUUUGUUCUCGGCUCCAGGUCUUUGGGUGAUUUUUGACAUUUUUAUUCAAUUUCUCAAGUAAGGACUGGUGCCGAGAACGGCUAAGCAGAUAAUGUCUUGGCCUUUGUUCUUCAAUUUUGAAUAUGCAUCUAAAAUUUAGAAAAACCAGCUAAUUUUCCAGACAGAGAAAGAACAUUAAAAGUAAACAACAAAUACAAGGGAACGUUUUGUAACAAAUUGGACUGUUUGACUAGUUUAACUUUAUGCCACAAACGUAACAGUCAUACGAUAACUUGGAGAGUUUAUAUAGCUAGCGUUGGUUGUUACAACUCAGUGUUUAUCAGGGCAAUCAGCGUAACCAAUUACUUUUGAUUGGUUACCCAAAGGAUGAUAUUCAGCUGAUUCCCAGUCUCUUUGUUUGAGGUCUCUAUAUGGAUAACCCUAAUUCCUAGAAACUAGCCUUGCAGGUUCACCUCCGCCAUCUACAACCUAAUUCUUACUUGUGUAUGUGAUUAAGACUUAUUAUGUGGCAAAAGGAGAGGCGGAAACAUCGGUCCAUUGUUAACGGAUAAACUCUCCUUUGAUAGCUGCGAAAUUAUCGAAGUAAGACAUGGCAACGCAAGCAGCAGAUUACACGACGUGCAGAUUUAUUUUCCUGUAGAAGUAUAUGCCUCAUGGUUACUGACUUACACAGACUUGACCAAGACAUAACUGACGACAGUUUAACUUCUUCACACUCAUUUUUAACGAAUAACACAUUAAGCAAGGUGGGAGUGGGGGCUAGUGCGAGAAACUGGAAGCAAGGUUGAAAUGAGUUUCAGAUUGACCUCGAUUUCAGGUCGAAAGUUGGUAUAGACGGUAACUUAACAAUACAAAAUAAGAAGAAAAUGUUCGUAUUCUUUGAUAUUACUAUUUAGUUCAAUGGAAAAUCAGUUUGAUUAAGGGCAGCAAGCUGGGAAGAAUAAUUGGAGCGAGAAGGAAUCUUAGGACGUUGGCCGGAUAUGUGAAUUGAACUGAAAUUGUUUUUAAAGGUUGUAAUUAAACGGAACUACAAUUCCCGAGACGUCAGCAUAUUUUACUCGAUUGCUUGAAACGCCAUCAAGUUUAUACGCGACUGCCUCAACGCAAACAAUGCUGUACAGUUGUUUUAUUGUUGCAGAAUAUUGUAAUGGCCCCUGUUGAAUUCUCUCUUGACAAAACUGAAUAAAAGAUUGCGGACCUUUACGGAAACAAACUUCCGAUUAAUUUCACGUGUUUAAUUAGUGUAAAAGCAACUUUUGUGAAAUUCACAUAUCCCAAGUGCUAGACUGGGCGUUUCCCUCUGUUCCAUUAUACUCUCUCUUGUUAGCAGUAAGAAACGCGUUAUCGCCGAGAUGAAAGUGAUUGUUAGUGGUAGUGCAUACGACAACUGCCUGUUAAAUUAUAAUUGGGUGGUCUAUAAAAUGAUCAACCGUCACCUAUGGUGGCUGCUUUUAAAAGCUUUAACUUCGACCUUGUUAUAAUAAAUCUUAACAAUUUUCUCUAUUUUCGUAUGAAAUAUUGGUAAUGGUUAUGUAAGGUUAACAUUGAGAUUUUUUAUUACAUUUUAACUUGCUUAACAGAACAAGGAAAUCACUGUUAUUCCCGCUUUUCUUUUGGUCAGCGUCACGAGUAUUGCUUAUUUUUCUGCUGACUCAUGACAGGCGCAGGCUGUCAGGAUGACGGUUAGUAAGAGUGAAAAGCGACAAAGUCGGUUACUCAGCUGAGUUCUGAAUUUUACCACAUAGAGUAAAUGUUUAAAGAUGAGGUGAUGUAAAAAAACCUCCUUGUUGAAUAAAAGG